AUGUCUUCCGAUACCUGGUGUGGUACCGGUGAUAGCAACCAUUCCCGGUCCCAUCACGAAGGAGAAAGCUUCGUGGCCCCGGGACAGCUCGACUGGGACGGAGAUUCUGAAGCCAAUCCGUUACUACUUAGCUCUGCUAGCUUCGUCGCAUCUGAUGCCCACAAACCUGACUUCACCUGCCUUUUGUCAACCAACGGGGACGACGGAGCUUUCAUCUACUGGAACUGUCCUAGUCUGCUUUCGCCACUUACCGCUGCGGGUGACGUCUUUCGCUACGUAUCUGCGACCCUGUCACAGAACGUGAUCGAUUGGCUGGAGAUUCAAUUUUCCGUCACGCUCAAGUACACGGGUGAAGCUGUGACAGUCUUGCCCUUCUUCCUUCCUCGAUGCGAGUCCACUCUCGGGAACCUCAGACGAUGCCGCGCACAGAUCAUCGAUACAAUGCGCAGAUGCACUCGCUCCAAGUGUGCGGCUGACUUCUAUUUUCAUCUCCUUAUCUGGCCUCGAUACGACUGCAAUCCGGUUGGAUGGAACCCGGGCGAACCACUGUAG